UACUGUACAUGUUGGAUAGAAACAUUUAAUUGAGAAUACAUAUAAAUCUAGGGUUUAAUUUGGCUUUUUUUGUUUUGUUUUUUGUGAUGUGUGCACUGAUUUAAAGUCAGCAAGAGGUGGCAGCAGAGAUUUUUCAAGAGUUUAAAUGUGGAAACAGCGCCCUCAGCUGGAUCCGUCAGGCCCUGACAGCGACAGUCCAAAACAAAGAAACAUAUAAACUGUAUAAACCACCCUCAUCAGAGUCGAGUGCUAUCUUUAUUGUGAGAGCCUAUAAACCCAAGCAUGAUAUGCAGCACCGAAUCUAGUUUGAAACAAUUGUGUUUACAUGCACACUAGCAUCCUGGUUUUAUCCUUUGAUCAUGUUCAGGAUGUAAUGUUCCCAUUGAACAGGAAAAACCUCAUUCCUAUCCCUGUAUCAGCAGUGUGUUUAAUUCCUCAACAUCCCUGCUACAAGUAUGAACCCAGUAUGGGCGGCAGAAUUGAUAUAGACCCAUGUGUCUUUUCCCCCCCUUGCUUUUCCCCAUACACUUCUACAAAUCCACAUUAUUAAAUAAAUAUCUUGAGAGUGAAUUCAAGUUUUCAUGGUAUCCUUCAUACGCAUCCUGACCGAUGCCCAUCACAAUAGUUUAACUCCUGGAACCCUCCUAUUAUAUACAAUGGAAACUUCAGUAUAGUGUGAUGUGUACAUGAUGCUGUGUCCACGAACUGCAGGACAAAAGCUUGUUCACUUUCUGUGAGUAGAACUAAGAUCAACACUGUCUGUGUGGUUUCUCUGAGCUCCAAUCAUUUAUUUUAUUCUGUUUAACAUCUGUGUGAUCAUUCAAACUGAUUGAGCUCUUUCAGCUGCAUGAUGUCAGUCUACAGAAGAAUGUUUGUCUUCCUGUUAUGAUGUCAGCGUUUAUGACAAAUCCAUUCUAGAAUGUAAAGAGUCUAUAUGUGAGUUCCUCAGAACAGAACACAAUCUCUUCACCAGCUGAACAGACACACAUUCGUCUUCAGAGAAAGUCAUCUGUCAGACACUCGACAAGAUUUUACAUCUAUCUCACGUUUUAGAACGUUUUCAAGAUCAUCAGCCACCAUGGAAAGACGAGAGAGUAGAGCCAGCAGGGACUACAACAGAGGGAUGGAGGAGAUGAGGAAAUUGAUGGAGGGUGAGAUGAAGGAGAGGGAAGAAAAGUUAAGGACCGCUGCUAAAAUCAUGGUCUUCAAGGAGAGGGAGACCUGGAGAAGUGACAGAGAGCAACUUCUGGAAAAGCUCUCUGUCACUGAGGAAGAAAUCACGGCAUUGAAGAGUGACCUCCAAGAGGAAAAGGACAAGAACAGGAACAGAGAACAAGAGAUCUGGUCUCUUCACUGCCAGCUCUCUUCUGAGAAAGAAAAGUACAACUCUGCCAAUGCUCUCUGGUGGAGGAAGUUACACCAAGUGCUGGAAAAGGCAGCAGGGGGCAUCAGAAAGAGAGAUGAUCAAAUCAUCUCUCUUGAACGGAGCCUCCACGCUGAGAAAGAGAGCUGGCAGCAAAAAGUCAGCCAGCUGGAAGAGCUCCUCAGUGAAAAAGAGAGAGAAAUCAGCAGGGCCAAUAAAAAAAGAAGAGAACGUACCACGGCUCAUAUCGACACCUUGGCCCUGCUGAGUGAAACACAGUCAGCUUUGAAAGAAAGUCAACUGGCCUGUAAUUCACUGGAGGAAAAACUCAGACAGCAGCUGACUGAAAAAAUGGAGAAAGACCAGAGAGAGCUCUCAGAGAGAGUAGAGAGCCUCCGCAAGGAGCUCUCUGAGAGAGUCAGUAAGUGUAGAGAGGAGCUCUCCACAGUGUCCAAGAGUUGGGAGAGGAGGUCACACCAGUGGAGGAAAGAGAAAAAACAACUGGAGGAGACGCUGCAGGCCAAACAUGAGAUUUGGAUCCAUGAGGAGGCGCAGAUGAAAGAACAGAUCCAGCGCCUCACCAAUGACAACCUCCAGCUUCAGGAGCUCCUGAUGAAAAAGGAGAAGAAGAAGCAGAAGAGCUUCUGCAGCUGGAGUCGCAGCAAAUAACAACAGCUCCCUCUUUCCCCAAACCCCUCUCCCACCUCACCCACCUCUCUCCCUCUCCUACUCCUUCACUCACCCUCACUCUCA